AUGAGAAGGGCUUCAACUCUCGCCUCAGUCAACGUCCUCUCCCGAUCCCUCGCCACCGUUCACGGAGGCGCCGCUGCCACGUCAGCCUCCCUCAGCCACGGUCUUCUCCAGGUGGCUCUCUACGGUACCUCCAGCACCACCGGUUCUCAUGUUCGUCGUCGGUGGUUCGAUUCAUUUUCCGGCGGUCCAGCUGGCAAGCUGGCUAUUGGCGUAGCUGGAACUCUGGCUUCGGUCGCUGUUGCCUCGUCACUCACUCAGGAGGUCUAUGCCAAAGAGCCGCCUCCGGCUGAGCUUGUUCCAAAGGACGUCGUGCUAUACCAGUAUGAAGCCUGCCCUUUCUGCAACAAAGUUAAAGCAUUCUUGGACUACCACGAUAUACCCUACAAAAUUGUGGAGGUCAACCCACUUAGUAAGAAAGAGAUCAAAUGGUCUGAUUAUAAGAAGGUUCCUAUAUUGAUGGUGGAUGGGGAACAGCUGGUUGACUCAUCAGCUAUAAUUGAUAAGUUGAAUGACAAAAUUGUUCCUGAGAGAGUAGCCCCCCCUUCCUCAAAUGAUGAUGAAGAGAAAAAGUGGCGCCAGUGGGUUGAUAAUCACUUGGUUCAUAUGUUAUCACCAAACAUAUACCGAAAUACAUCUGAGGCCCUUGAAUCCUUUGACUAUAUAACAAGCAAUGGUAAUUUUAGCUACACAGAAAAAUUUACAGUGAAGUAUGCUGGUGCUGCGGCUAUGUACUUUGUGUCAAAGAAACUAAAGAAGAAAUAUAAUAUUACGGAUGAACGUGCAUCCCUGUAUGAAGCAGCAGAAACAUGGGUUAAUGCUCUUAACGGGCGGGACUUUCUUGGGGGCUCCAAACCUAAUAUGGCCGACCUUGCUGUUUUUGGGGUGCUAAGGCCAAUUCGUUAUUUGAGAUCUGGUAAAGAUAUGGUGGAGCACACACGCAUAGGUGAAUGGUACUCAAGAAUGGAGCAUGCCGUGGGAGAGUCUGCAAGGAUUAAAGCCUAA